AUGCUCGAGUCCGUGAGGCAAAGCUCCACCGCGAGAGGGAUGAAGGAUGCUAUGCGGAGAGCCAGGGAUGAGGCUCCUAGAAGAGGGGCAAGGGGGAGGGGGAGGGCGGAUUCAAAUGGGCUGACGCACUUGAGCCCCGCUCGACCAAUCCCGGGCGACGGAGCCGAAGCUUGCGCCCGAAAGCUCUACCCGACGGAGAGACACACCGGGACGUCCCUGCAAUCGGGAGCCCAUCGGUUAAACUCGGUAGAGGACUCGGCUGAAAAGGUGGAGGGCCCGGGGACCCAAGGAGCCAAGGAGUCGUCGAACGACUCGAGGGACGAAGACAGUGCUAACGACAUAUCAUCCACACUGAGUGGUCUACUGGCCGGACUUCCGGCGCUGCCGGGGCCCCAACGUCUCGCAUCAUCCUUGAGGCAGAGAUUUUCCACCAACUCAGGUAAGACGACAAAAGAUUCCCCCUAG